GUUUAAACCUUUGCACAAUGCUUGAAAGAAAAGAAAAUUAACGUGUUGAUUUAUUUUUUCACAAUUCUUUCAUAUACUCCCUCCGUUGCAAAUUACUCGUAGCUGAAAUGGAUGCAUCUAGAACUAAGAUACAUCUAGAUACGGAGGGAGUAGUAUUCAGUUAGACGAUGACAUGUGGGCCCAGUAACCAGUUAAAGACUUCAGAUUCAUCUCCUUCCUUCCGCCGUUCCCCUUUUCACCUUUCACCGCUCAAAGCCCUCGCCCAAAUCUGCAGCAAGCAACGCCCCAUUUCAUCCACUAGAGUUGCGAGCUCCAAAUCCCGCAGAGCAGGUCGGCCAUGGCGUCCUCCGGCGCCGGCGGGGAGCCGUCGAGGUCCGCCAUUGUGGCCGACACGGCGAGCGGGCACCACCUUCUCACGAUUCAGGGCUACUCCUGCACCAAGGACCUUCCCACCGGAGAGAAGAUCAGUUCCCGGCCCUUCACAGUCGGCGGCCACCGCUGGCGCAUCGACUACUACCCUAACGGUGUAAGCUCGUCGGCCAACAGCUGCAUAUCCCUCUCCCUAGUCCUCGACGAAAAGGUCGCGGCGGAUGUGAAGGCGAAGUACAGCUUCUGCCUCGCCGGCGAGGUGGAGGAAAAACAAGCGGCGCGCCUGGCGUCGGCCACGGUGAGCACAUUCCCUUCCAAGAGCUGUAGCGUUCUCAACUGGUACUCGACCUUCAUCAAAAGGGAGGACCUGCAGAGCUCCAAGAACCUGAAGAAUGACUCGUUCACCGUCCGGUGCGACAUCGUCGUCGUCCACCGUUACCUCGUGGAGGACGCGCCGCCAGGCUUCGUCUCCGUGCCGCCGCCGUGCGACCUGCGCCGGGACCUUGCCAAGCUCCUCGAGACUGAGAAAGGUGCUGACGUGGUGUUCGAGGUCGGCGGCGAGACCCUCGCUGCUCACCGGUGCGUGCUGGCGGCCCGCUCGUCGGUGUUCGCCGCUGAGCUCUUCGGACCAAUCAAGGAGGGCAAUGCUGCUGCCGCCGGUAGCCUCGUCGUGCCUGUGGAAGACAUGGAGGCAGAGGUGUUCAAGGCACUACUCCGUUACGCAUACACUGGCUCAUUGCCACAGAUCCGCAAGGAAGACGAAGACGCCACCUGCCAACAUCUGCUCACCGUUGCGGACAGGUAUGGCAUGGAGCGGCUGAAGCUCAUCUGCGAGGAAAAGCUUUGCAAGUACAUCAAUGUCGGCACGGCGGUGACCAUUCUGGUGCUGGCCGAGCAGCACCACUGUGAGGGGCUGAAGAAGGCAUGCUUCAAGUUUCUUGCCACUCCGGCGAAUCUGAAAGCCGUAGUGGCCACCGACGCCUUACAACAACUGAGCACGAGCUGCCCUUCUCUUAUGGUAGAGCUCAUGGCCAUGUCCUUGGCGCAUUCUUAGACUUGGUAUAUCGCUGCAUCUAUUCUUGACUAUGGGGAUGCAAAAAAGUUGUCACAUUUUGCCCUUGUUUUGUUAGUUCAUUGCAUCUCUUCAACUGUGCAAUUAACCAUGAACUGCAUUUGUAGCAGAGGGUGUAGAAUGAUCAGGAUUUUGGGCAAUGGUAGCUCGUCGUUUCAGGUCAUUGUCA